UUAAGGUAGUCAACGCCAACUCUGACUUCAGCUGAGUUCAGAAAUCGAGAUCAAAUUCUCACUCUCUCUCGGCCUGAGAUUACCAAGUGAAGCAACAGCAAAAUCAAUGGCGAAUUCAUCCAGAGGUUGGACCAGCUCCAGAAUUUCCGCCAUUGCUUCUCGCGUUUUCUUCUUUCUCAUCUUCCUUCAGAUUCCUCUCUUCAGAGUACCAUGUAGGUCUGGUGUGUGCACAACUCCUAUGCACGUGACAUCUUCUCAGUUAACUGCUAGCGAUGUUAUUCCUGUAGCAGUUGUAAAAAGCCUUCUUUAUCCUGGAGCCAUGGCACAUGGUCUUGUCAAGAAUUUGACAAUCCCUAGUUGGAACAAUUUGGUGGAUAUCUACAAUUUAACUAGUGUGAAAGAGGCCCCUGUGGCGCUUGAUUUGAAGCGUUUAGAGGUUUUGGCAGGCAGCUACUUCUGUGUAGCAGGCGCUCUAGUUGGCCUUCUGAAACCCGGAAGAAUGAGCAUGUUUGGCUCACUCCUGAUUGUUUGGGGUCUUGUCAAGGAAGGAAUCCUUGCAAAACCGGUAAACACAGAUGCUGCUCAAUCUAUUUAUGUAUACCCUACGAUGUUGUUCGCCCUUGUAUGUGCUUUCGCAUCUGUCAAGUAUGAUAUAAAGAAGGCCAUGAGAACUCCAGCGCCUAGGGCUGUUGCAAAACCUCUUCAAAGCUCUUCGAAAGCCAAGCUGAAAUGAGUUACGCUGUAAACGCACAUUGCCUGCCACUCUGUUUCUUGCUUCCAAGUCUUUUGAGCUUGAAUUGCUUAUUCAACUUUCUACAGUUCCCCAUUCAACGAAAACUUUGUUGUGACGAGAGUCAGAUCGAGAAAGGACCAGGUGAACAUAUAAGAAAUGCUACUUUUCUUACUUCCGUGCGUCAUGGAAGAAGAAUGGAAAAAGCAGACCGCAGCUCUUGAAUUUGAGAGUUAGCUUGCAACCCCUUAUGGCCUAAUCAAACUGUGACUUGAAUAUUGUCGUCUUCUUAUGGUUAAAGCAUUUGGGGUGGUAGAUUUUGGAGAAAACAAGUGUGGAUAGUUUCCUUCCGCUAAUUGUUGAUUCCUUUUGGUGCACUCUAGUCUAAUGAUAUUGCAUUUUAUGCGUAGAA